AUGCAGAAUCCAGAUGCAGAUCAGCUUCCAGAAGUUGAUUCGUUGCCAGAUGGGUUUGUUGAGAGCACUACAGAGCCUCUUGCUCCUGCAACUCCAACUCCUGAACAUGAGAAGCCUCUGGAUAACAAGAAGGAUGUGGGUUCAUCUGACCUUAUUCAUUCUAAUGAACUAUCAAAUGACAUGGGAGCAAAAGAGUUUCAAAACAAUCAUGACUGCACGGCAGAGAUUUCCUCUAGUAGCUGUAUGCAGCAGACUGAAGGUGUACAGAUUACACCUCCUGCGGCUAUUUCUGUUCCUGAGUGUCCGCCAUCCAGAUGCUGUGAGGUAAAAGAGCCUCAACAAGGAGAGUCUCAAAGUUCAGAUGGAUCAACUGUUGUACCUUUGGAGACCAAAGCAUUGCCAGCAAAGAAUGUUUGCUCGUCAGAGACUGUUAAUUCUUCGAAAAACAAAAAACCAGAAACUGGUGAAAAGCGAAAAAGUGCAAAGCGAAGUCUGAAAUCAGAGAAGGAGCUUUUAGAAUUUACACUCAAUUAUCAACAAGUGUUGGCAGAAAGAGAUGCAGCUCUUGCUGUCCGAGAUAAGCUUGAGUCAUUGUGUAGAGAAUUACAGCGACAAAAUAAAAUGCUGAUGGAAGAAUGCAAACGUGUAUCAACUGAGGGGCAAAACUUACGGCUGGACUUGUCAGCCAAGUUUCAAGACGCAAUCAAGGAUGUCAGCAAUAAGCUUGAAGAGCGAAAGGAUGACUGCCUUACUCAGCUUAAAGAGAAUGACAUGUUAAGAAACAAGCUAAAGCAGCUUGCUGAACAGUAUGAACUCUCUGAGCAACAAUAUGCACAGAAGUUGAAGCAAAAGUCUUUGGAACUACAGCUUGCUGAUUUAAAAAUUAAGCAACAUGAGGAAAAAUUGAUUCAGGAACAGUCACAGAUGAAACUAUAUGCAGAGCAAGUAUCUCAGUUAUUAGCAACUGAAAAGAGUUUACGAUUGCAGCUGACAACUGACGGAGAAAAAUUCCAACAAUUUCAGGAAGCUUUGUCAAAGAGCAGUGAGAUUUUUGAAACAUUCAAACAAGAGAUUGAGAAGAUGGCUAAAUCAAUCAAGGAACUCAAGAAGGAGAAUCAAUUCUUGAAGAGUAAAUCUGAGAAGUCUGAUGUUACACUUAUAGAGUUAGUUGAUGAGCGUGAGCGCUUGAAGAAACAAUUGGAGAGAACAAAAAAUCAGAAAGAAAAACUUGAAUCAUUAUGCCGGUCGCUGCAAGCAGAAAGGAAGCAAAGUUCUUCCGAGAACAAGAGGAAUAGCUCAGUUGAAACAUGA